GAGUGGGAGAGAGUGAGUGAGUGAGUGAGUGUGUGUGUGUGUGUGUGUGUGUGUGAGAGAGAGAGAGAGAGAGAGAGAGAGACGAGGGCAGCACCCAGUCAACACACACACACUGCUCAUCAUGGCUGCCACGGACGUAGACGUGUUUUCGAAUGAAGAAAAACGGAGCCUCAGUCUGGGCGGUCAUGUUGGCUUUGACAGUCUGCCUGAUCAGCUGGUCAGUAAAUCGGUGACGCAGGGGUUCUGCUUCAACAUCCUCUGUGUGGGGGAGACGGGAAUUGGCAAAUCUACACUGAUGAACACACUGUUCAAUACAACGUUUGAGAAUGAAGAGGCCAGUCACUACCAGAACGGUGUGUACCUGCGACCGAGAACGUAUGACCUACAAGAGAGCAAUGUCCACCUUAAACUGACCAUAGUUGAUACUGUGGGCUUCGGGGACCAGAUCAACAAAGAGGAGAGUUAUAAACCCAUCGUGGAUUACAUCGACACACAGUUUGAAAACUAUUUACAGGAAGAGCUAAAAAUCAAGCGCUCGCUUUUCAACUACCACGACACGAGAAUCCACAUCUGCCUCUACUUCAUCGCUCCCACUGGCCACUCGCUCAAAUCCCUAGACUUAGUCACAAUGAAGAAGCUGGAUAGCAAGGUGAACAUCAUCCCCAUUAUUGCAAAAGCUGACACAAUUUCCAAGAGCGAGCUGCACAAAUUCAAGAUCAAAAUCAUGAGUGAACUCGUGAGCAACGGUGUCCAGAUCUACCAGUUCCCUACAGAUGAUGACGCAGUUGCAGAGAUAAACUCUUCAAUGAAUGCUCAUCUACCGUUCGCUGUAGUGGGCAGUGUUGAGGAGGUCAAGGUGGGGAACAAGACAGUUAGGGCCAGGCAGUACCCCUGGGGAGUGGUCCAAGUGGAGAACGAGAGCCACUGUGACUUUGUGAAGCUGCGGGAGAUGCUGAUUCGUGUGAACAUGGAGGACCUACGGGAGCAGACUCACGCCCGGCACUAUGAGCUCUACAGACGCUGCAAACUUGAAGAGAUGGGCUUUAAAGACACAGACCCUGACAGCCAGCCAUUCAGUCUACAGGAGACCUACGAGGCCAAGAGAAAGGAGUUCCUGGGUGAUCUGCAGCGUAAAGAGGAGGAGAUGAGGCAGAUGUUCGUCAACAAAGUGAAGGAGACAGAGGCGGAGCUGAAGGAAAAGGAGAGAGAGCUCCAUGAUAAGUUUGAGCAGCUAAAGCGCAUGCACCAGGAUGAGAAAAGGAAGGUGGAGGAGAAGAGGAAGGACCUGGAGGAAGAGAUCAACGCCUUCAACACGAGGAAAGUGGCUGCUGAGACACUGUCCCUCUCACAGCCGCUUAAGAAGGACAAGGACAGGAAGAAUUAAUUUAUGAGCACAACAUCGCAGAUCGACCACGGACUUGUCUUCCAUCAUCAUAGCGACGUCAGCAUUUGUCCGUUUCUUUCUUUUUCUUUCUGUCUUUCUUUCUUUUUUUUCGUUGUUUUCUGGCAUUUCCCUCAUUGACGUUGUAAAUGGACCAAAGGCACUGCUGGGGACCUCAGACACAGAGCUGCGUAAUGAGGACUGACAUUCCAAUUUGUUGCCUCUCACCAACAGUUUUCCCUUUUGAUAGGACCAUUCAGGUUAUCAUCUUCUUUUGAAAUAUUUUUAUACAAAUGUUUUCCCCUUAUUGUAUUUUGGGUAGUCUUUGUUUAUUUUUUCACUUUUGAUUUCUCACUGAAGAAAGCAAGACAAAUUCAUGGUUCCAGUGUGCUAAAAUUGUUUUUAUGGACAGCUAGCCAACCUUCUCAGGCCAAGUUAAUGUGUAAGCAGAACCCGCUUCCCUUGCCAUAAUGUACAGUAGUAAUUAAUACCUGAGCCACCAUUUUACAGCAUAGCAAUAACGACAAGAGCAUGUCUGUGUAAACCAGUAUGCAAACAUAAACCUAUAUGGGUACAACCAAAUAAACCAGUCUUAAAUCUAUGUUAAUUAUUUUUUUGGAGGGGUGCUGUUUUUAUAAUAACUCAAAACCUGUUUUUUGCAUAUUUUAGUAGCUUUGUUGAAAUGAUGACAUGCAAAGUAUGAUGUUUUGGUAUUAAAUGUAUGGUGUUUAGCUUGAAAUAUUAUUAUUAUUAUUAUUAUUAUAAAGUGCAAGAGAUGUUAAUCGCCAUAAAUAAUCAAGCCAUAAAAAUAAGAACGAGAGAUGUCUUAUUAUGUAAACGUAUGCAACAUUUCUAAACAAGAAUCAACAUCUUAAGAGGAGAAAAGUCAUUGUAUUCCCCUGAUACUGAAAAUAAACUGAAACAAUCCCUUGUUGUCCUGGAAUGGAUUCACAUGCUGCUUUGAGCAUAUGAAACCUGGGAUGGGUCUCACAAAGCCGGAUUUAACUGUAAAGCCACACUAUGUAAGAUUUGGGAGUUUGGUGGAAAUAUUCGAUUACAAUGUACAGAAGAACAUUUUGUAAUGACAGUUGUGCUUCAGGCUUGAUGAAGGACGUGUCUUCCAAGAAUGUGAGUAAAUUAUUUGCUAUUGUC